GAACACCAUAAAGAGCAGCGUCCAGGCCCCGAGCAGCGUCCAGGCCCCGAGCAGAGUCCAGGCCCCGAGCAGAGUCCAGGCCCCGAGCAGAGUCCAGGCCCCGAGCAGAGUCCAGGCCCCGAGCAGAGUCCAGGCCACGAGCAAGACCCGAGCAGCGUCCAGGCCCCGAGCAGAGUCCAGGCCCCGAGCAGCUUCCAGGCCCCGAGCAGCUUCCAGGCCCCGAGCAGCGUCCAGGCCCCGAGCAGCGUCCAGGCCCCGAGCAGCGUCCAGGCCCCGAGCAGCGUCCAGGCCCAGAGCAGCGUCCAGGCCCAGAGCAGCGUCCAGGCCCCGAGCAGCGUCCAGGCCCCGAGCAGCGUCCAGGCCACGAGCAGCGUCCAGGCCCAGAGCAGGCCCAGAGCAGCGUCCAGGCCCAGAGCAGGCCCAGAGCAGCGUCCAGGCCCAGAGCAGCGUCCAGGCCCCGAGCAGAGUCCAGGCCCAGAGCAGAGUCCAGGCCCAGAGCAGCGUCCAGGCCACGAGCAGCGUCCAGGCCACGAGCAGCGUCCAGGCCACGAGCAGCGUCCAGGCCCCGAGCAGCGUCCAGGCCCCGAGCAGCGUCCAGGCCCCGAGCAGAGUCCAGGCCCCGAGCAGAGUCCAGGCCCCGAGCAGAGUCCAGGCCACGAGCAAGACCCGAGCAGCGUCCAGGCCACCAGCAGCGUCCAGGCCACGAGCAGCGUCCAGGCCACGAGCAGCGUCCAGGCCACGAGCAGCGUCCAGGCCCCGAGCAGCGUCCAGGCCCCGAGCAGCGUCCAGGCCCCGAGCAGCGUCCAGGCCCCGAGCAGCGUCCAGGCCCCGAGCAGCGUCCAGGCCCCGAGCAGCGUCCAGGCCCCGAGCAGCGUCCAGGAUAUCAGUAAGGAAGAGGGGAUGUGAUAGCUGAAGACUGGUACCCAGACUAACAUUCCACUCCUGUCAUUUACCAAAGACACUAGACAUUCUCUCUUUAAAUAUGAACAUUAUAUAAUUAACAAGCUGGAGGAGAUCAAAGGAAUUGAUCCUGAUUCGAUAACCCUCAUAGCUAUCCUCCAAUCACAAAGGGUGAUUGCAUUCUCUCAACCAGCUUCAUACCACACUCCUUCGUGCCUUAUUGCUUAGAUCUAUAUGCGUGCCAGUGUGUGUAUAUGUGUAGUCUCUUGAAACACAAUCUAUUCCUAGAGACUUCCUGCCACUUCCAAGAACCACAACCUCAUCAAGAAGCCUGUGUGUGUGUGUGUGUGUGUGUGUGUGUGUGUGUGUGUGUGUGUGUGUGUGUGUGUGUGUGUGUGUGUGUGUGUGUGUGUGUGUGUGUGUGUGUGUGUGUGUGUGUGUGUGUGUGUGUGUGUGUGUGUGUGUAGGCUAAAGGAGAAGUUCAGAAAUGUUCCCAUUUCCUCCUAUGAGGCUGCACUCCAAAGACUCUCCAGUUGAACACUGCUAAUUACAGAGUUGGAGUCAAGACCGGACCUACGUCCCAAAACGGCACCCUAUUCCCUAUGUAGUGCACUACUUUUGACCAGGGCCCAUAGGGAAUAGGGUGCCAUUUUGGACCUAAACCAGAAUUUUCCAGGCCCAUCUCUGGCUAAUUGGAGACUUCGGGAAGUCUUCCUGUUUCCAGACAGUCAAAUAAAAGACUAAAGGUUCAGUAUUGUGGUUGUGAGGCUUUGUUCCUGCCUCUGUAUUUACGGUAAAACACAAGGGACAGCAAAGUGCCGGGUUACAGGCAGAGUGAAAUGUACAAAUGGUUCACUUCUAUUGGGUCUUCUAAAUAACCACCAAUCAGCUCAGUGCAGAUAAAUCAGAUCUACCAAUCAGGUCAGUGCAGACAUAUCAGAUCUACCAAUCAGGUCAGUGCAGACAUAUCAGAUCUACCAAUCAGGUCAGUGCAGACAUAUCAGAUCUACCAAUCAGGUCAGUGCAGACAUAUCAGAUCUACCAAUCAGGUUAGUGCAGACAUAUCAGAUCUACCAAUCAGGUCAGUGCAGACAUAUCAGAUCUACCAAUCAGGUCAGUGCAGACAUAUCAGAUCUACCAAUCAGGUCAGUGCAGACAUAUCAGAUCUACCAAUCAGGUCAGUGCAGACAUAUCAGAUCUACCAGAACAGGUCAGUGCAGACAUAUCAGAUCUACCAAUCAGGUCAGUGCAGACAUAUCAGAUCUACCAAUCAGGUCAGUGCAGACAUAUCAGAUCUACCAAACAGGUCAGUGCAGACAUAUCAGAUCUACCAAACAGCUCAGUGCAGACAUAUCAGAUCUACCAAAACAGGUCAGUGCAGACAGAUAUUUGAUCUACCACCAAAACAGGUCAGUGCAGACAGAUAUUUGAUCUACCAGAAAACAGGUUGUGUUCAUUGCCAGUGGUUUCAGUUAAACUGAUGACCACUGAUCUAAGCCCUAUUACAAUAAAAACAUGACGAGUCAUUUAGUUCCAGGAACUCAAUUAGAUCCAGGAAGUCAUUUAGAUCCAGGACGUCAUUUAGAUUCAGGAAGUCAUUGCCGUCAUCUCCUCCAAUCACUAAAACUUUGGAAACCCAACUUGAUGCGUGAUUGUAUUGUUGCUUAAUAAUAUUUUUCCCCCAACCUGUUUCAGGUUGUUAUGGUAACGAGUAGG